AUGUCAAGUGUUUCAAGAAAAGUAGCAAACGUUGCCAAAGGUUAUAAAACUAAAGAUGGUGCAGGUGUAUCACUUUUACGUGUUAUUGGUGGACCCAUCCCAUCAAAAUCAGUGGAUCCAUUCUUAAUGUUGGAUGCAUUCAAAUCAGAGAAUCCAAAUGAUUAUAUUGCAGGUUUCCCAUCACAUCCACAUAGAGGUCAACAAACUUUAACCUAUAUGAUUGAUGGUAUAAUGGAGCACAAAGAUAACAAGGGAAAUAAAGGAUUACUAAAACCUGGUAUGGUUCAAGUUAUGAAUGCUGCAAGAGGUAUUAUUCAUUCAGAAAUGCCAAAACAAGUUGAAGGUAAAAUGUUUGGAUUUCAAUUUUGGUUAAAUUUAGCAGCAGUCGAUAAAAUGUCAGAUCCAUGGUAUAAAGAUAUCCCAGCUGAAGAGAUUCCAGAAGUUAUUACAAAUGAUAAAAAAGUUAGAGUUGUUGCAGGUCAUUAUGAAGGUGUUGAAGGUAUUGUUAAAGGUUUACGUGUUAAUCCAAUAUUUUUAGAUGUUACAUUAUCACCAAACACUAAAUUCUCUGUGGAUGUACCAGAUUUUGAUCAUAAUUCAUUCGUUUAUGUUUUCGAAGGUGAAGGUAAAUUCGGUCCAGAAGGUUAUGAAAAAGUUGUAGGUGAUCAACAUAUUGGUGUUUUAGAGAAUAAAGAUAGAGUUACAAUUAAUGAUAAUGAAAUUACACCAAACAAAUUAGAUGCAGUCGCAGGUGAAAAUGGUGUAAGAUUCCUCUUUUUAUCAGCAAAACCAUUACGUGAACCAAUCGUCCAACAUGGUCCAUUCGUUAUGAAUACACAAAAAGAAAUUCAACAAGCUUUCUUUGAUUACCAAAUGGGUAGAUUUUAA